UUGCCGGCAUUCAAUGAGGAGGAGCUGAAAUCGAUGGAAGAUGAAAUCAACUGUUUGAACCGUCAGUUAGAGGAGGAACAACAACUGGUUAAGUCGCUCAAUUCUGAAUUACGCAAGAUUUCCUCAGGUCUCACACGGGCAGAAGCAGAGGCGGAAUUGGAACAGAUUAACAGAGAGGUAUGUGCCCGAAUCACAAAGGGUCUAUGA